AUGUUGCUGUGGGCCGUUCUAAAAGUUCUAUGCAAAGUGAUCCUAUCCCGGAUCCAGGAGAAGAUCGAUGCGACUCUCCGACGACAGCAGGCUGGAUUCCGUGCCGGAAGAUCCUAUGCGGACCAUAUUGUCACGCUCCGUAUCAUCCUGAAGCAAGUCAAUGAAUUCCAAGAGUCCCUUUAUUUGGUUUUCAUUGACUACGAAAAAGCUUUCGACCGUCUCAAUCACGAAAAUAUGUGCGACGCCCUGAGAAGCAAGGGUGUACCUGAGAAAAUCAUCGCCCUCAUCGAAGCGCAGUACGAGGCCUUCUCAUGCAGAGUUCUGCAAAACGGAGUCUUGUCUGAACCCAUCCGGGUCGUAGCUGGCGUGAGGGAGGCAAGGAUGUACGAGUAUUCUAUCACCGCUACUGUUCCUCAUUGUAAUCGACGAGAUCCUGGCUUAGAAAUCAAUGUCAACAAAACCAAAUCGUUGGAUGUGAACACGGUGACCCCUUCCACCUUUACAGUAGCAGGGCAAUCAGUGGAGAAUGUUGAAAGCUUCCAAUAUCUUGGCAGCCAAAUGGCGUCAGACGGCGGUACCAAGAUUGACAUAGGUGCAAGGAUCAAGAAGGCAAGGGCUGCCUUUGCGAGUUUAAGAAACAUCUGGAAAAACAGGCAGAUAAGUGAACGCACCAAAAUCCGAAUAUUUAACUCUAAUGUGAAAUCUGUACUGCUAUACGCUAGCGAAACAUGGUGUGUAUCAGUGGAGAACACUCAACGGCUGCAGGUGUUUAUCAAUGGGUGCCUGCGGAACAUAAUUCGAGCCUGGUGGCCCCAUAACUGGAUCUCAAACACCGAGCUCCAUCGCCGGUGCCACCAGAAACCGAUAGCAACUGAAAUUCGGGAACGAAAGUGGAGAUGGGUCGGCCACACCUUACGUAGGAGCGGAAACGACUGCAGACAAGCAUUAGACUGGAACCCAGCAGGACAUCGCAGCAGAGGCAGACCCAGAGGCUCAUGGCGGCGUAGCCUCUGUAAAGAAAUAAAAGAAGUCGACAGCAAUCUAACCUGGCAACAGGUUAAGGCGAUGGCGGGCAAUCGCCCAGGAUGGAGAUCUUUCAAGUCGGCCCUUUGCACCACUCGGGGUGCGCAGGAGCCUUAA